UCCAGCAUCCGGUUCACUCCAAAGCUGGUCGGAGCUCAGCCUCGUGACUCCAGCUCUCAGUCCUCCUCACCGGUGUCCACACCCGCAGCCUCCACCCUAAGACAUGUUCUCAGGGGAGCAGGAGGUGGCUGUGAUGGGGGCACCCCCAGGCUCAGCUCCCGUGAAGAAUGCAGUGAUUGACAUCCAGACGGAGAGCCCCAGACGUGACCACAUCGUCUGGUCCCUGUUCAACACGCUGUUCAUGAACAUCUGCUGCCUGGGCUUCGUGGCAUUCGCCUACUCCGUGAAGUCUAGGGACCGGAAGAUGGUCGGCGACAUCACUGGGGCCCAGAGCUACGCCUCCACCGCCAAGUGCCUGAACAUCUGCUCCCUGGUCCUGGGCCUCCUUCUGAUCAUCAUAUUUAUCAUUGUUUUUGCCACUAGAUCAGUGCCGAGUUUCAGGCUACAUUUUUCUACAUUUUAGGAUUUAACACAGCAAAGAGGCUGGCGGUAGCUGCUUAUGGCCAACACCAAGUCCUGAACGGUCCACAGCAGGCUCCACAGCGCGGUGGCCCUGCCCCCAGACCGCGCCCCCCGGCCCCCCCACCCAGCUGAAGGCUAGUGAAUUCAAUAAAGUGCACUGACACUCCCCA